UUUGAAUUUGCCGCACAGUUUCGCAACAAUGGCAGACAGCACUGUUCUGUAUUUGUUUGUGGUGUUUGGAAUCUUUUCAAAAGGUCUAACAUCAGUGAUCCAAACACAACAGACUGUGGUGGCAGCAGUGGGACAGGAGGCUCAUUUCAACUGUCAGCUCCUUCAACCCAAACAGGUCCUGCAGGUCACCUGGCAGAAAAUCUUACCCGAUGGCGAGACAAAUCUCGGCACCUACAACAAGUUCUUUGGCGAAACAGUGAAUCCGGAAUCUGCAGAUAAAAUGGACUUCAUCUACACUGGACUGCAGAUCUGCUCCAUAGUCAUCAGGAACGUGACGGAGCAGGAUGAAGGCUGCUAUCGCUGCUUGUUCAACACCUACCCUGAAGGAGCUCUGACUGCCAGGACCUGCCUCCAGCUGUACGAGCUGCAUGAACCCGUCCUCCAUGUCCGAGAGUCCGACUCUGCUGUAGAGUCCGUUGUGUCGUGUUCAGCCACAGGUCGACCUGCUCCCACCGUGACUCUGAAUGUGACACAGCAACACCUUCACUUCUCACACCACGACACUGUCAACGUCAACAACGACAACGAUACAGUCACUGUCACCGUGACGGCAGUGCUGUCAGGUUUCCGUGGCAACAGCACUCAGGUUGGAUGUGCAGUCCGAGUGCUGUCUGGUCCUCCAAUGGAGGCGUUUGUGAUGAUUCCUGAGAUGAAACCACCUGAUGAUUUUUAUGAGAAGCUGGUAUCGGAUAAGAGUGAAAACAAUUCCACCUGGAUUGUCGUUCUAGUUGUUGUUGUGAUGGUGGCCUGUUGUGUCGUUGCCGGAAUCAUCUUUGCUGUGAUUAAACAAAAGAGCAAGAUUAGUGACCUUGAGAGGAGCAAAACACCACAGAAAGCAAUCCAAGACAGUCACGGGGUCAGAACACCUUUAAUGCACCAGGAGAAUGAGCAGAUCAGGCAGCGGACGUCGGCAAGUAAAAGUCCACCAAACAGGAACCAAAAAUCUUCACCUUCAGUGGUAAAGACACUUGGAAGUGACUUUGAGAGAAUGUAACCUGCUGAAAAAAACAGCAUCACACUUAAAUAAGAAGGGGAACUGUAAAGGAGUUAAUACAAGAGAGGACAAAUCUGUGCCUGUUGUUGGAGAAUGAUUAGAGCCCUUCAGAUGAACAGAUUUAUAAUCACAGUUUUUAAAGCUAUUUUUCUUACCAUCUGUUAUGUGUUUAUAUGUUUUGUAAAUGCUUUUUCACGGAAGAGUUUGCUUGUACCUUUGAUAUGUAGUUUCUUGUGUCCGUCUAUGUAACACUAAUUCUUUCACCAAUCCGUCAUGAAUUUUGAAUGAAACAUGUCCCUCUACACUGCUUUGAUAUACACAGAUUUAAUGGAAAAGAUGAGAUUGGAGGAGAUGGUUAUGGUUUUGUAUCAGAAAACAAAGAUUAUACCUUCUUGAUUAACAAUAUCCUCAUCCUCGGGAAAUUUUAUAUGCACAAAUGCAAAUACAUGAUGGUAAAUCCUCGGUUUUAUGUGCUUCAUAAGGAGUUUCUAUCACUUUCACUAAAGCCCUUAAAAAAUUAAGACUGAACAAGUAAUGAAAAGUCUUGAAAGGAAGUAAAAACUUUGUACGUACUUCCUGGUCAUAUUGUAGCCAGACUGUAUUAAGAAUCAUAAUCAACAUAAACUUUCACUAAAUCUCUAAAUAAAUAUUUAAUUCUG